GAUGAUUUUAAAACACCUAUAGUUAUUGAUAAUGGUUCAAGCAGUAUAAAAGCUGGUUUGGCAACCGAAAGUAAUCCCAGCGUAAUUUUUCCUUCUAUAGUUGGCCGGCCUCAAUACAAGCAAUUGACAAAUGAUGGUGGUGCGUUAUAUUAUGGAGAUGCUGCUCAAGAAAAACGGGAUGUACUUACUUUAAGUCAUCCCGUGGAGCAUGGCGUUGUCAAAGACUGGGAUGAUAUGGAAUUAUUAUGGCAGCAUAUGUUUGAAGACCAAUUAAGAUUAGAAGCUAAUGAACAUCCAGUGCUCAUCACUGAAGCACCAAUGAACCCUAAGAAAAACCGUGAAACCAUAACUCAGAUCAUGUUUGAAAAUUUUAAUGUGCCCUAUCUCUAUGUUGCAACUGAAGCGCUAUUAUCAUUAUAUGAGAGUGGAAGGACAACAGGAUUGGUCUUUGAUAGUGGCGAUGGUGUGAGCUAUUCGGUUCCAAUCUAUGAAGGCUGUGUCCUAGAUUAUGCAGUGCAAAGAUUAAAUUUAGCCGGUCAAGACUUAACACAAUUUUUGGCAAGGGCAUUAAAUGAUAGGGGAAGUUCGUUCACAACGGAUGCUGAUAUGGAAACAGUCCGCGAAAUCAAGGAAAACUUAUGCUUUGUAACAUUAGAUUAUGACACCUUAUCCGUUGACGAAGAAUCUGUCGAAACUUCUUAUACAUUGCCUGAUGGCCAGGUGAUUAAGAUUGGUAAUGAACGCUUUCGCUGUCCAGAAGUUUUAUUUAGUCCAGCUAUGGUCGGGCUCGAUUUGGCCGGCAUCCAUAAGAGCAUUUCCAGUUGUAUUACAUCAUGUGAUGUUGAUAUUAGGAAAGAAUUGAUGCAAAAUGUUGUCUUAGCCGGUGGUAAUAGCCAAUUUAAGGGAUUACCAGAGCGUCUGAAAGAAGAAAUUGAAUUUGAAACACCUUCAAUGUGUGGUAAAAUCAGGAUACAUAGCCCAUGUAGUAGGAUUAAUACAAUAUGGCGAGGAGGUGCAAUAUUAGCAAGCUCGCCAAAGUUUUGCCGCAUGUGUAUAACUAGUGCUGAAUAUGAAGAAUUUGGGCCAUCUAUAGUCAAUCGCCGUUGCUUAUAA